UUAGUGUGGAUACGUUCAGUUGAACACCGAGACACACGCAGAGAUGGCAGAGGAAGCUCCAGCAGCAGCACCGGCGAAAGCCCCUGCAAAAUCCCCGAAGAAGAAGAAGGCCGCAGCCCGGCCCAAAAAGGAUGGACCCAGCAUCUCCAAGCUCCUUGUAUCCGCCGUAACGGAGUCCAAGGAGCGCAAGGGCAUGUCCCUGGCGGCGCUCAAGAAAGUCCUGGCUGGGAAAGGCGUGGAUGUGACCAAGGCUAACAAACGCAUCAACACCGCCGUCACCAAGCUGGUUACAAAGGGAACCCUCAGCCAGACCAAGGGCACCGGAGCAUCCGGAUCUUUCAAGCUCGCCAAGGAGACUAAACCCGCCAAACCAGAGAAGAAGGUGGUGAAGAAGAAGGCUCCCGCUAAAGCGAAGAAACCCGCCGCCAAGAAGACCGUCGCGGCCAAGAAGCCCGCAGCGAAGAAACCCGCCGCCAAGAAGUCCCCGAAGAAAGCCCCGGCUAAGAAGGCAGCGGCCAAGAAAGUGGUCAAGAAGAGCCCCAAGAAGCCCGCUGCGAAGAAGCCAAAGGCCGCCAAGAAGCCCGCAGUCAAGAAGACCACCGCCAAGAAACCUGCAGCGAAGAAGGCGAAGAAGUAGAUCCACCGCUUCGUCCAGCGUUAACCGCACCAAAGGCUCUUUUAAGAGCCACCAACCCACUCAGGGCUUUCCUCCAUGAUUUUCCUCUCGUACCUACAGAGCAGCUUUGAAGGCCAUGAAAAGAAUGUUUUAUUAUUAUUAUGAAAGGACAGCGUUCACAGGCGGAACAUAAGAAUGACGUUUAUGAUAAGCAAAGUUCAGCUGGAUGCAAUGCAAUGAAUAAUCCAAGAUGAAGACUUUUAUAUGGAAGUUAGUAGGUGACGACACUGACAUAGGAAACUGCUGUGGCAUCAGCCGCCCUGCUGGAGCAGAAGCAUCACAGACGGAAA